AUAGUUACGAACUGUUGUACACGAAUUUUGGUUAGCGUAAUCAGUUCUUGUUUUGAAUAAAAAGGUUAUCAAGGUUUUCUGUACAGAUGCUUUGAGACAUGUGCCUUUUAUUCGUUAAAACAUUGGUUGUUAUAGUCAAGAGUACCGUAGUCCCAUUAUACACUUUACACAAAUGAAUAGUGAUUGCGUGAAUAGCGCGCACUGCAAAAGAUCGUGAGGUGACAGCUCAUGCAAACCCGACUUUUGCAUGGGCUAAUUUAGCAACAGAACAGGAACGUCAGUUGACGGGAAAGCGCGUGGAAAGGACUAAACGCGACUUUCGUUCCAAAUUUGCCGCUCUGUCAUUGGUCAAGCUAGUUGUUAGAUUUGAGCGCGACGUCGUAAACUGACGUUCCCGUUCCGUUGCUAAAUCAGCCUAAUUUUCUCAGAUAAUACGCGCGCUCUGAUUGACCAAGAGUUGUGUUUGCAAGAGGGUUUGUAGUAACGACGUCACGAUCUUUCGCGGUGCGCUCGCUAUUUAAUACGCGCAAUCACUUCGCUCUUUAUCUUCGAGAUUAUCCUUAUCAACAUUAAGCAGAUCAUCCCAUUCCUCAUGUAUUCGUACCACAGGUCUCCCAAACGUAAUAUGAGAGUUUGUAUGGGAAAAAAAGAGUUUGAAACUUAGAUGAAAUAAAUGAACAGGCAGUGUAAUAAUGAUGUAAAAGUGCUCAAAUCGCGCUGAAACUUCAUAAAAACAAAGACAACGACUCCAGGUAACAAUAUUUACACUUUAUUGACAAAUUUUCUCGCUUUUACUUCAUUCAUUUUUUUUCCCAUACAAACUCUCAUAUUACGUUUGGGCCACCUGUGUUCCUACUAUUUAAGAAAGUUAUGAGGAGGAGAGAGGGGACUUAUUCGAUAGCGGCGUUUGUUUGAUAUUAUGGCCAACGGGGUGAGCGGUUAUUCGGGGACGGGCGCUUAUUAGAGCGUGGGACCUUACCGAGAAAAUACGGUACACAGAUAUGUAACAGGUUAAAUCAAAAAAAGUUAAAAUGAACGCACCGGACAGACCAGCAAACGCGUUAAGAUGCAUUUAGCCAAAAUAGAAAUACCGUUGGUUGAAAAAAAAAAGUUAAUAAGCGCCUCCAUUAUUAAGCGCCCUCCUUCCUAUAAGCACCUCUCCUUUUAGCCGAGCUGGGGCGCUUGUUCGAGGAAAUACGGUAUUUACGUCAUAGCUUGCAAAAUAUAACGAAGUUUUAAAGAGCUGCCUCGUAACACCACCACUACUAUGAUUCUAAGAGAAGGGUUGGGAAAUGACCUUAAUGCCAAAGGUCCCCAGACUGUGACUGCGUGCUUACGUUAGAGUUUGUUCUACAGAAUUGCAGCUGCAGCCUUGUGCUAAAUUCUUCAACAACUCCAAGUUCGGCUUCUAUCGGCAGGUUAUGGCACUGAUAACGGUCCUGAUAGCGUUUAAUAAAAUCACCCAGUCUGGGAGUUGACAACCAAAGUUGUGAUAAACAAAAUGAUCAGUAUUUGGAUUUUAACAGGGAAAGAACGUGUCUAAGGGUAUCGCUAUCUUAAGCUAUGGAUUGUCUUUAUUCACUCUAUACCGGAGAGCUUUUGUGCCGGCACAAAAAGAAAGCAUACCGGAUAGGACUACUGGUCACGCAAAGAAGGGUGAUUUCGGCCCGAAAAAGCAAAGCUGCGACGCGCCGAUCACUAAACAGAAGAGUCACAUACCGGAUAGGUGUUCAUACUUUGCCGGAUAGCUUUUUGUGUCUGCACGUAAAGCUAUCCAGUGCAGUGUGAACUGGUCAGUAUAAAACAAGAACUGUGGACUGUGGACCACGGACUACGGACUGGGUUUAAAACACGGACUAGGUAUAAAAUGAGGACUCCGGACUGAGUAUAAAAAACACGGACUAAGUGUAAAACGCGGACUACGGACUAUGUAUAUAAAAACAGCUUUAGAACGGUAAAACUGAGAGAAACGGAAAGCGAACUGGCAUAAAACAGUAGUCCCAGCUCCUUCCCCACACACAAAACAUUCCUUUAGCUGGUCAUGAUCAUGCAGUCUAUUCUCCCCAACGUCAGCGUCAUGAGGGGAAGGAAAGCAUAAUGCACGGAGAAGGAAGGUUAUGCCGCUACUCAAGGCAACUGAAAUUAAACUCUGAAUUUUAUAAAAAGGAGGAGUUACAAGAAAAUUCAAGUCAGUUAAACUAAUAAGAAGCACCGUUUAAAAAAAAGUAUCGGUGUUAGCCAGAGUAAAAUUCUUAUAGAUGCUACUAUUCGGUUUCAAAUAAAGCCUUGGGAAUAUGUGAAAAUGAAGAACUCAUACGAGAAGGUCAAUAUAGGGAAAUUCUGCGAUGUAAAAAAGGAGUAUUUAGGGGGGAGGGAUUACUCACCUAUGUACGUUAAUAAUAACCGAAAUGAAUCAUCCAUCAUUAUAUUCUACGCGAUGAUUAAUAUUAUGAUGACAUGAUUUACACCCUGCUCCUGACCUCCGGAGGGGGUACUAUGAUAAUUCUUGGUUGGGAUGUGCUGCCCAGUUCUUCAAAUCCUGACCCUAUUUCAAACCAAAAAAUGUCAUUUUCCACACUCGUUUUCAGACCAGAUCUCUAAAAUCCACACCUGUUUUCAGACCUGGCCUAAUUUAGGCUGUACCAGGCUCUCAGAUAGUGGAGGAACUGACUCCCAAGUUUCUUCCCGUUUUUGUUUUGUUGUUUUUCUUUUUCGUGUUCGCGCUUUCUCAAUUCAGCGGAUCCAACUAUCUCGAACUAUUAGGCUAGGCCUAAUUAGGCAGAAAUUAUGCCAUCAUAACUAGAUUAGAAUGCAUUUCGAAUUCGCAUAUUUUUAUUUCGAUUCGUUCUUAUUCAUUUGGAAUUGAAACGAUAAAUACAUGUACGCUCCCGUAGUUCCCUCGAAUCCAGACCAAAAUGAGCAAAGUGUUUUUAGACCAAAAAGGCCUAAAAUCCUCCCCUUUGGGGCGGCACAUACCUAUAUGGCUUAUAUAAGGGAGUACUCUCCCCCGCCCCCCGCCGGUCCUAACCCCUCUCAUGAUUGUUAGAGACCAGUACCAGGUCUAAAAAUGGGUGAAGAAAAUAGAAUUUUGGUCAGUCUCAUGAUUCAGAGAACCGAGCGGCACACCUCCACCCAGAAUUUCUAGGUGUAUUUAUAACUUAAACUUACGUGUCUUUUUUAUUUAGGGAUCUUUUGAUCUUAUUUUUCCUUACCUAGAAUCAAUAAGCACCUUUUUUUACCAACGUAGUCCACAGUCCGCAGUCCACGUUUUAUACCUAGUCCAGUUUUUAUACCCAGUCCGCAGUCUGUAGUCCGUGUUUUAUACUGACCGUAGUGUGAACUUUAGCCUUAAAAGCCAGUCUCUGUAAGGUCCUCAUAUCGAGUUUUGGCAACAAAAUGGAUUUCGCUCAUAAUUUUUUUGUAGACUUAUUUUAAUAAGUAUAUAACAAAUAUGAAACUAGAUUGGAGAAAUUCGCUUCUGUAAAUUUUUUUAACGAAUUUUCUUUCGGCGCCACAUGAGGACCUGAGAUGCCUCUGAAAUAUGCAAAUUUUGUCAAAAUUCAACCGAUUGCUCCGGAUAAAAGAGUGCCACCCAAAGCAAUUUACCACUUAUUUUAAUUGAGCCUUUAUCCUUAAAAUAAUACAGGUCAGAAUCAGCAACACCUUUUCGUUUAGAAAAUCUGAGGAAACACACUUAGACCCUUUGACUCACUUAGCAAAACAUACGAUUUUAGCCAAAUUCAGUACCCAUUAUCACCAUUGUACUGUUCUCGUGCAAGUUACCGCCUUCAGGUCUUUCCUCUGUGAUCAAAGGUUAAUAUAAAUUAAAGGCCAAGUUUUAAUUUGAACAAGUUUUUAUUUGUUUCAGUGCAAUAUCUGGCGUAUAUUUACCACUUUGUAAAAGAAUGGCGCAAGAACCCAAAGUGUUCAUUAUCCUGCUGCCUGGCCUUGCUGUUGCCACUUAAUCAACUACAAGGAGAGAUACGCGGAUUUACUGAGACGAACAUAAUGAAGCAGCAACUGCAAACUGGUAACAUCGACAUGCCAACGAUUGGUAGUACUUUAAGGAGAGUGGGGCAGUUGAUGUUACUCUUGAAGAACAUGCAGAACGAGAACAAGAGGAGGCAACAACUGACGAGAAAACCAUUGCACGGGGCGUUUCGACAAUUACAAAGGUGAUUUGUGCUAGUACUUUAAGGGAGAGUGGGGCAGUUAAUAUUGCUCUUGAAGAUCAUACAGAACGAGAACAAGAGGAGGCAACAACUGACGAGAAAACCAUUGAACAGGGCGUUCAGACAAUUGUAAAGGUGGUUAUUCAUGAGCCUCCAAGAGAAACUUACGACACCAAACUCUAA